GAGAGAUGGGGCGAUGAAUGGAAGCCAGCGAAGGAGGACGGAAUUCGGAAUUCGCCAAAGCGGCCUUCCUUCGCAGCCACGAGUGCUGGUUCGGAGGAUCGUGAUUUGUGUGCGGCGUGGAAGUAAAGGGAAAAUUUGCGCGGCUCACAGAGAGAGUCGCUGAGCGUCAGGGUCUUUCAAUUCUCAGUGCGACAUUUGUGCGUCGAGCUUUGUGGGUUUGAGAGUCGGUGAGCUGGGGUCCUUGAUGGUUGGUGUAGAAAUUGAAGGAGGGGAGUUAUUGGUCCUGGAUUCUGACGCUCGGGGUGAAUCUUUCCAGCUAGUGUUGGAUGUGUUGGUCUGCUCCGUGAGAGGAAAAAUUGUUCAUAACCACACGGAUGUGCUUGUGGAAGUCGGAAUAGGAUUCUAACGGGGAACAGGCCUAGUUCCUGAGUUUAAUUCUAUUCGGUUUUGCUGCCUGUGGGGUGUUUGUGGCAUACAGAUUGUUUUUCUCUUGUGUUGAUAGGAAAUUGCAGCAAUGGCUACCGUGAAAGGUUUGUGCUCUUCAAGCUUAGCACCCUCCUCCUCUUCCUCCUCCUCACAGAGGUCUUUGAUCUCACCAGCCUCGUCGUCACACGCCUCUCGCUUCUCCUCGUCGUCAUCUCGCCUCAACGUGCUCUACAAUGCAGAACCCGUGCGCCACUCUCGCAGGAACUCCAGAUUAGUUACGUUUGCAGUACUGGCAGAACCUAAGAUUAAGGUGACAUCGCCAUCGAUAACCAGAACUAACGAGCCGGAGGUCGCAGGGAUAGCAACCGCAGAUUCUCAGAUUCUAGAGUUGGCCAGUACAUCACAUUUGCAAGCCAAGCUCCAGAGUCCUGCAAAAGCAACUCCCAGGAAUAAGAGUCCCGUAUUGGGACUCACUGAUACCAGUUUGAAAUCAACUCUUGAGCACCGCCUCUGGGUAGCAUUCGGCGGAGCGAUGGUCACAGGAAUGAUGACCAAGGCCCUGAUCGCCAGCCAUUCUCCAGAAGGUUACUUGGAAGUGGCGGUCGGCGUUGCUUCGGCGUGGGUACUCGCUGAUCUCGGCACGGGAUUCUACCACUGGGGGGUCGACAACUACGGCAAUGCAAAGACCCCAGUCUUCGGCUCACAAAUCGAUGCCUUCCAGGGACAUCACCAACGGCCCUGGACGAUCACUAAGCGGGAGUUCGCGAACAACAUUCACGCCAUUGCAAGACCUGCCGGCCUCUUCCUCAGCCCCUUCUUGCUCACGCCCAACCAACCUUUCUUCGAUUCUUUCCUCGGACUAUUCCUAGGCUUCGUGGUGAUGAGCCAACAGUUCCACGCAUUCUCUCACAUGAAGAAAUCUCAAUUGCCACCAUUCGUCGUCGCGUUGCAAGACAGCGGCUUCCUCCUCAGCCGCAAGAUGCACGGGACUCACCACAAGCCACCAUACGACGUGAACUACACCAUCGUCAGCGGGUUAUGGAACCCGAUACUAAACGAGACUCAAGUCUUCAAGAAGCUGGAGAGAUAUAUCUAUGAGAAAUGGGGCGUGGCGCCGAGAGCCUGGAGUGACACAUCGGAAGAGUGGAUGCAAACAGACAGUUACUUCGAAGACGGCACAGAAUUCGACCCAAGCCAAUCUUCGUGAGCAACGCCGCUCACCGAGUUGUCGCAUUUGUAGAAUCCCCUUUGUACCUUAACACAAUCCCCCCCCCCCCCACAUGUUUCAGCCGAUUCUGAACCCGACUACAUCUGCCGAACAAGAGUAGUGUUGAUCGAUGAGGUUGAGAUUGCCAGACAACUAGAUAGAGUUCAUUCUUUUGACGCCACGAAAACGAUCGUCAAGCCGGUGCUUUCUCCGACCCAAGUUGAGAGAUUUAGUGCAUUCUGGAAGGAAGAUGGUGUAUCGAAUGUCGAACCAGACAAUUACGUUUCUUUUUUCAUUUUUGCCUUUGUUAUAAAUUUCCUACCUUUCCUACAGUCUGCACCUCUCUUUCGAUCUUCUGUUGCUGAUGUUUCUUCUGCUUCUGUGACCUCAGAAAUCCAUAACUUCAUAUGGGUUUUACUACUGUUAAUUGUGUGCCCCGAGCAAGAAUUUGCCUUCUCCAACGUGAACUUCUCACUUAAUUCUAUCCGGAUGGUUUCAUAGCUUUCUGGCAGCUUCAUUCACUCAACAAUUUGGAAUUCACUAGGGGUCAAUUUCACGUUGAAGAACAUGAUCUUGGUUCGGUGGUUACAACUUCCACUAACACUAAGUUCUCAAUCUAUCUAAGCAUGUAAUGUGUUUUGUACUAUGUACUGGAUAUCAA